CGCACACUCAAUCCGCACAGUCCCGCACACCCGCACUCGCGCAGAGCUUGAGGAGGCCGACAGCGACGCGCCGUCCCCCGAGUACGCCCCGCUCUCCGUCUCCUCUCCCUCUUUGUCCUUCCUCCACCCGUCUGCGAGCACCUCUUUCUCGUCUCCGUCGGCACAAGCCAACCUCGACCCAGACGCCGAGCUUGCCCGCGCACGUAAGCGACAAAGAGUCGACCCCCAGCCCUCGUCUCCUGCAUCCUCGUCUCUUGCUUCCAUCGACCGUGCCUUGAUCUCGCCUGAUUCUGCACCUGCCCUCAUACGCAUUCGAAACAUGCGCCUCACUGAGAGUGAUAGAGAUUCUGCUUUGUCUGUCUCCCUAGACUCCGCCCCCGAGGCUGGCCCAUCACACUCACCUGGAUCCUCGAACGGCCAUAAUGGUACAACGGCGAAGAGCAACGGUUUCUCCCUGCCAUACAAGAAUGGAGCAUCGAAUGGCACAUCGAAUGGAGGAGUUGACGGGCUUGCAUCGGAGAGGCACAGGCCGCCGCCGGUCGCACGAGUCUCAUUACCCGGGAGUACGCUCUACGACAAUUCGUACGUGGAUAGAGAAGAGUUCGUUCGUCUGGUCAUUCAGAGUUUACGAGACGUCGGGUACAUUGAAUCGGCAGCAACUCUCGAGGCCGAGUCGGGUUACAUCAUGGAGACGCCAGAGGUCGCUGAGUUCAGGCGGUGCAUCCUGGACGCCUCAUGGACGUCUGCGGAGACGGCGCUGAUGCGUCUCGGAGUUACGGAAGGUGAGGGACUAUGGGAGGCGAGGUUCCUCAUCGCGAAGCAGAAGUACUUGGAAUAUCUCGAGGCCGGAAAGACUACUGCAGCGUUGGCUGUCUUGCGUAACGAGAUUGCGCCACUGAACCCGGAACUAGACCACCUGCAUGCAUUAUCCAGUCUAAUGAUGUGCUCUGACCCCGCGGAUCUACGAAGUCAAGUAGCCUGGGACGGAGCAGGCGGUACAUCACGGCGACGACUACUCAUGGACUUGCAACGUUAUAUCCCAUCAUCCGUUAUGAUUCCCCAACGACGAUUCGCGACACUCCUCGAACAGGCACGAUCAUACCAACAAAGCCGAUGUCUAUACCACAACGUGCCGCUGCGGAACCAGUCGUAUUCGCUCUACGCGGAUCACCUCUGCGACCGGAACGCGUUCCCCCGUGUCACCACUGCGGUGCUAUCUGUACAUGAUGACGAGGUAUGGAACCUCGAGUGGAGUCAUAGUGGUAGGUAUCUCGCGACAGCAAGUAAAGACAGGACCGCCAUCAUCUGGCGCGUCGAGUUCGACAAGGAUCCGCGUUUCAGGGCAUACUCGCCGGAGUUCAUGCUCAGCGAUCAUGAGUACGCCGUUGGUUGCGUGUCGUGGUCGUUGGACGACACAAUAUUGCUGACGGCCUCGGAGAACCGCAUCACUGUGUGGAACUCUAGGUCUGGCGUACGGAUCCGAACGCUCGAGCAGCAUACAGACGUGGUCACCGCGCUCGCGUGGCUACCGGACGGUUCGGGAUUUAUCUCCGGCGGACUUGACCGCAAGAUUAUCCUCUGGGACGCGGACGGGAAACCCCGGGAUACGUGGAACCGCACGCCGAUCCGGGUGACGGACCUCCAGGUCUCCCCAGACUUCACGCGGCUCAUCGCGGUCGGGAUGUACGACGCACCAUCGAUACCACCCGGUCCGGGCGUAGCGCAGGACGGCGGGGGCAUAGGCGGUGUUGCGGCAGGAGGGGCAGGCGCAGGACGCGUGUCGGAGACGCGCAUCGUCAUAUACGACCUCGCGACGAAGCAGCCGGAAUCGAUGAUCCGGCUGGAGGGCGAGCUCACGAGCGUGAAGAUUUCGCAAGACUCGCAGUACGCGCUCAUCAACCGUGCGUCCGAGAACGGGCCCCCGGCGGAGAUCCAGCUGCUGGAUCUGAGUUCGGAGCAGGUCGUGCGCAAAUAUACGGGCCACAGCCAUGCAAAGCAUGUCAUCCGCAGCUGUUUCGGUGGCGUCGAGGGCAACUUCGUGCUCAGUGGGAGCGAGGACGGGAACGUAUACAUCUGGCACCGCGACACGGGCGCGCUGCUCGAGGUGCUCGCCGGGCACGGCGAGGGGAGCGUGAACUCGGUUGCGUGGAACCCGGUGAACGAGCGUAUGUUCGCGUCCUGUUCCGACGACAAGACGGUGCGGAUAUGGGAGGCGCCCCCACCGGACGCACUCGGUACCAACACUCGGACCGCCACGGCGGUCGAGACGGACGCGCGCGAGAGGACGUCGGAACACGAGGCAGAUAUCGGCAAGGGCAAGGGGAAGGGUAGGUGGGACGCGGGCCCGUCGACGUCCGCGGGUGUCAUCGCGAGUGGGGGAGGCACAGGUGCGGGAUCCAGCUUGAGCCCGGACGUGGCGAGCGGGUACGGCAUCGGGUCGACGACGGCGCUCUUCUGAGCGCCCACCCACUCCCGUCCGAACCAGGACCGUUUUGCAUGGCGUUCCUUCCACUCACCUUCUACAAGACAUUGCUUGCAUCUAAUGGUUCCCUUCUUCAUUACCCCUCGAUUACGUCGCGCCUUCCGCUCUGCCCCGGUCUCGCUCAACUCACGCAUUCACGAUCGCCUCCCUCCCUCGCACUCCCGCCCCCGUCUCCGUCCGUCCCCGCCCCGCUCUGCAUCGUGUCCGGUCUGGCACACACAACGCAUGCUCCGCUCCACACUUCAUUCUGCCUCAUCUCCAAUCUCCCACUUUGCAUCUGCAUUCUCUCACGUCCACGCUUCAGUUCUCGCCGCCCACUACUAGUUAGACUGUUCUGUACAGAUACGAUACGCUGCUGCUGAGUAUGCGCAACGGAGGCACGCCCUGACGACC